CUCCUGACCGCUUUUAAUCGCGACCAAUCAUAGUAUAAGACGCUUGCGCGGUAUAUGAUAUAACGUUUUAUUCGGCUUAAUGCAAUGAAUCGCCCAUGAUUAGAAAAUUACUUUCGAUAUCGUUCGAUUGAUAUCUUUUUUUUACAUUCAAAGAUAUAUAUUUCGUGAUAUUACGAUAUUAACAAGAUAAGGAGGAGUUUUAUAAAAAAAGACGUUGUAGGUAAAAGGAUUUGAAAUUAAAUCGAUAUAUUAGACUACUAUUAAGGUACAACGGGAACGUGUGUAAAUAAUGUGAAAGCAUAACAUUCUAUAUACAUUGUACAUUUUACUACGUGUACCACGUUGUGUGGGGGAUGACUUGCUUGGAUGGAUCAAGGCUAUUCGUCAUGAUAUAUAUCAACGUGAUUUUCUUCUUGUUAGAUGUUCACUAGAUCAUUUGAUCAUCUUGGACAUUUAAUUUAUGGUUAUGAUGGAGAUAUCGAUAUAUAUUUAUGUAUCAUCAUAAUUUUAGCUUAUUUGUAUUGUAGAAAUCUUUAAGGAUGGCACUCAUUUAUAUAGAAGACAAUGAUCCUUGGCUUACAGAAUAUGAAGCUUGCGAGAAGUUGUUCCGUGAAAUUAUGGAACAACUCACUAUGCGUGAGCGAGAAUCAGAAACAUCUCAAGCAUAUGCAAGUUUGUCUGCAAAUAUACGUUUACGUAUAAAACAGUAUAAUAGAGAGAUUUAUCAACUUAAAACUAAAGUUGAAGAAGCCUCCAAAUCCAGAACUAUAACCAUUGAAGAAGCAGAACGUAGAACAAGACAGAUUGAACUAUUACAAAGUAAAGAUAUCCAAUUACAAAAGCUUUAUGACUCUAGAACAAAAUCUCUAUUAUCCAACCGAAACAAUUUAUUAAGAUCGGGAACAUCUGCAUUUGCUGAUAUGGGAACAACAUCGUGGGCCAUAGAUGAUGAUGAUGAUAAACCCAUAGAUGUGCAAAAUUUUAAAAAUUACCAAGAACAAGUCUUACAAGAACAAGACAAAGGAUUAGAAGAAUUGUGCAAAGUAAUAGAACGUCAAAAAGAAAUAGGACAAACUAUUAGCAACACAGUAGAUCAGCAUAAUGAAAUAAUCGAUGACUUGGCUGAUCACAUGGAUAUGACUGAUCAAUCUUUAAUUAAUAGAACACGUCAAGUAGAAAGCAUUAGUUACAAAGAUCGUACUUGUGGUUAUUGGAUAAUUAUUAUUUUACUUUUCAUUAGUAUUGUAGUAGUUGCUUUAUUGUAAAUUUAAUGAAAAUUCUGUUUCUUGAAGGAGAGCUGAUGUAAAUACAACAUAUAUAUGUAUAUGUGCAUAUGUGUAUAUAUACAUUUAAUAGUAUUAUCACCCAUAUAUAUAAAAAGAACUAAUAUCUUUUGUCCCAAGCUAUAUUAUUACAUAUAUGGUACUUACUGUUAAUUUAUUAAUCCAAAUUCAGAAUAUCCUGCUUUUAGCAUUUUAUAUUUAUUAUAUAUUAUAUUAUAUAUACUAAUUAAAUUUAUAUUGCUUGCUUUUGAAUUUGACACUAGUUUUUUUUUGUUUUAUGAAUUUUUAUGUUUCAGGAUGUGAUGAAUUUCAAUUUAUUAUUCUUUUUUUUAAGUUUAUGUAUAUAGUUUUUAGUUCUUUUAUUUUCUUAUAUUCUCUUAAAUUCUAAAACAUAUUUAAUUAUGCAUCUUAAUUUUAUUUUUAAGAAGGAAUAAUGUACAGUGAUAUUUAUGUAUAACAGUAUAUGGAAAAUCUAGAAAUUUAUAUUCAGGAGAAAGUUCUGUAAUUUUUUAAUUUUUUAUUAUUCAGUUUUAUAUAAUUUCAGACUAUUUAACAAUGCUUGGGGAUUUGGAUUCCUUCCUCUGAAUCUUCUAAAAAUUUCAUUAGUUGGACAAGUACUAUUCAAAGAUAAAAAUGUUUCUUGGAAUUUUUUGCAAACUUCCUCAUAACUAGUUUUGUCUUCAAGAGGUAUUUCUUGAAAUGCACUAUAUAUAUCUGCUGCAAUCAUUUUUGACCAAAGAUGACUGUAGAGAAGAAAAAUAGAUAUUAUAUGUCAUAUAUAAUAAUUUCGAAUAGGAAAUUAAAAAGAAAAAGAUUAUCGACCUACCUAUAAUGAUUUGUAGCCAAACGCAUAGAAAAAAUGGAUUUAAAAGAAUAAAUAAAUACAUUGUUUAUUUCCA